GUGCCUUGAAGAAGAGCCUCACUGCAGAGCAGGUCCGGGCGGAUUUCAUAACUCUGGGUCUUAGUGAGGAGAAAGCCACUUACUUUUCUGAAAAGUGGAAGCAGAAUGCCCCAACCCUUGCCAGAUGGGCCAUAGGUCAGACCUUGAUGAUCAACCAGCUUAUCGAUAUGGAGUGGAGGUUUGGAGUUACAUCUGGGAGCAGUGAAUUGGAGAAAGUGGGAAGUAUUUUUUUACAAUUAAAGUUGGUGGUUAAGAAAGGAAACCAAACAGAAAAUUUAUAUAUAGAAUUAACCUUGCCUCAGUUCUACAGCUUCCUGCAUGAGAUGGAACGAGUUAGAACGAGCAUGGAGUGUUUCAGCUGAUCUCUGUCCCUGUCCCCUGUAUCUUCUCCUGGACUCUUUCCUCGUGACUGCUCUGAGAGGCACCUCCCUCAAGCCUGCAGGACCCGUGGGCCCCUGCUGCCUUCUUGGGAGCCCAGGUGCAAAAGGUUUCUGAAAAGCAAAAGGAUUAAGUUGAGCCCUGCACAAUUCCCCUGUAUACUUGUUCAGAGAAUACCACCACCUGUCUCUGGGAAUAAGUUAGACAGCUAUUGCAUCUCAGAUUGGCGGGGAUGGGGGGUGGGGGGAAUGGAAGGGGAAAGAUAAAUUGCCACCUCCCCCAUCAAAAUCAAAGCUCCAGAAUAAACAAAUAGUGCCUGUCACUCAACAUAAUACACUGAUCACCCUCCUCUCCCAAAAAGCAAGAGCUUGUUUGUGGCUAAGAGUGGGGUGGGUUGUAUGUAUGAGGUGUCCUGUCUGUUUCUACUCUAUGUAUUGGUGGUGAUGGUGAUUGGCAGGCAGUUUUCUGUUGUAGCAUGUUUUGGUUCCAGCUGACUACCUCUGUUGGUUGGAUGAUGAAUAAUGAUGAUAAUUAAUAAUAAAAAAAGGUUCUAAAGAAAAGGUCUGA